AUGUUAUCAUCUUCAGCAGAAACCGUCGUGAACAUCGAAGAGCUGCUGAGGCAGAUCCUUGAAAGGGUGCCGGCUCUAUCUCUGAUCACCUUCAAGUGCGUCUCUAAGCACUGGCUUUCUCUCAUCUCCGACCCCGAGUUCCGUCGCUGCCACACCCUCCGAAACCAUAACCCUAAAAUCUCAUCUUUCUUCCCUACCAAAAUCAAAGAUGAAAACCUCCUCAAGUCUCCCUUCAAAACCCUAAACAGUGCCGUCUCUGAUGGAUCCAAUAUAGGGAUUCUUCAGUCUUGCAACGGCCUCUUUCUCUGCUAUGCCCUAUCUGGUGAACAAACAAAACAUCACGUAUAUGUUGUCAAUCCAUCCACCAACCAAUUCCGGGGUCUUUCUUCUCCAAGCGUCAGCCAAGACAAACAUACUUUUGUACGUUAUGCUUUGGCUUUUGAUCCUUCCAAAUCGCCUCAUUACAAGGUUGUCUGUGUGUUCAACCACCCGAUGUAUUCUAAGGAGGAACAGCUCAAAACAGACGUAUAUUCAUCUGAAACUGGAGAGUGGAAACAUCUUGAGACUCCUUUCUUCCACGGCCAGUCCUACAACUUCAACUGGAAGAGCAGGUUAGGCGCCAUAUACUGCAAUGGUGCUCUUCAUUGGAUAAGAAAGAAACGUAAAGACUUCCAUUUCUCUUACGAUAGGAAGGAAUUCACAAGACAUGAAACUGAUGUGCUGCACUACUUUGAGGUGAGCCAAGAGCGUAUGCUGGUAGUGUCUGCUACCACCCCUGUCCCUUCGGUGGUCAAAAACAUUCCGGUCGGCUCUGGCUACUGGCAACCAACUAUGUGGCCGAUAUUGGCUCAGAGAUAUUUUGGGGAGUGCGGUGGCCGUUUGUACUUGAUUGAGACUUAUGAGCAUUGUUUGACCCAAUUUGAUGUGAUGGAGAUGGAAAGGGACUACUCUGGCUGGUUUGUCAAGUAUAAUGUUGAUCUUAAUCCUCUAGCCGCAGCUCUUCCCGGACAGGAUUGGGAUCCUCUUAUUGUCUUGUGCCUUUCUCAAGAGGAGGAAACAUAUAAUACUGGGUUUGAGGAUUCUUCAGUUGCUCUUUUGUUGCACCUGCCUGGUAAGGUUAAAUCUUAUAAUCUUAGGAAUAAGACCAUUAGGACAUAUGUUGAGUUAGUCAAUAAGGAACUAGGUUUAGAUUAUCAUAAUCGUAUUCUAGAGGAUGUUGCUUUUCCUUGCAUGGAGACUUUAGCUUCUGUGUGA